AUGAAGAAUUUAUUUUCCAGUAGACGACAAAGCAUGAGCAUCGUCCGCUCCCCCGAGCGUCGUCGAUCGUCAACUGUCCUCAGCAAUGGUCAUCUGUCGGAAGAAGAGUUGCCUCAACCCCCUCGUCCUCCCGACGAAGCUCAAGCCGAUACUCCUCCCCGUCCCUUGCUCAAUAACAUGGACGAGUUCGCCGUUUCCCUGGAGCAAACCUGCAGGCAAAUUUUGUCGAAGCUUGAUUCCGUCACAAACUGGUCUCUAUCUGUCUGCACCGUCGACGGAAAACGAGUGAAUGUUGGAGAACUUGGGGAAGCGGAGACGAAUAUCUUUCCAUUGAAUGAACUUUGCUACCUACUAAACUUUUGUCUAGCGACAGAAACACUGGGUCCGGAAAUGAUUGGAAAGUUCUUUGCGUCAAAACCCAUUCCACGUGAGAGAGAUGAAUUUUCCCUCCACUCAGAUGGGCGAGUAUGGAAUCCACUAUGUAGAAGUGGUGGUUUAAUGCUCACGUCCUUGCUUUUUCCAGACACUCCUGCUGAAGAAAAACUGGGUCGGAUUCAUGAGUUUUACUCAAAGAUGGCUGCUCAAUCAGAAAUCGCAUGUGAUAACUGGAGCUACAAUAUGAAACGUCUUCAUUCUCACGGAGAGAUCGGUCUCAUUCACUACCUGGCAUUUAACGACUGCUUUCCGCAAGGAGCAAACGUUCAAGAAAUUUUGGACCUUUACUUCCAGCUCUGUUCGACGGCAAUAAGUCCGGAAGCAGCAUCGAUAGUCGCAGCUGUUUUCGCCAAUAAUGGAAAAUGCCCGUUUACGGAAGAAAUCAUCAUCCCUGUAGAUACCUCAAAGGCAGCCUUGAAGCAAAUUUUAAACGCUUGCGCAGCUGAUAGAGUAGCCCAGGCAGAGUGCGAAAAGUACGGAAUCUGGUUAGCGAAUCGCUCUGGAGCUGGACUGUUGAUUAUUCCAGGAGUUCUUGGGCUUUCUUUCUCGAUGGACGGAGUGACAAAUCAACAGAGUGCUAGAUGUCUUAGUUGCAAUGAAAAGAUUGACUUUGUGAUGCUCUACUUCGGAUGCCACGGAACUAAUGAUCAAAAGGGAGAGUAUCUCCAGAUGAUGGGCCACAAAGUUCGAUCCUGGAGACUCGCGAAAAUUUACACCCUGGUGAUGAGAGUACCAGAUCUUCAAGAAAAGCUAAAGGACACCAAGUUUGUUGUCUACGUGAAUGCCUGCCGAGGAUCCGAAGAAGAGUCGCUGAAAACUGUGCAAUUUGACAGUUUGCCCCACGAACCAGCAAAUUUGAUCCCAUCGACGAUUUCAGCUCAAAGAUUUCAAAUUAAUCCGAUAACUUCUGAUGAUGCGACGAGAAUUCUUGAACAGACAAAUUUGCCGAUUUUGGACUCAAAUCGAGACAUUCCAUCCAUCGAAAAGCCUGUUGAAUCUCCUCAAAAAGCAGUCCAAGAAAAUGUGUCGAUGAAUCAGUACACAAAUGAUCUUUUUUCGCAAAUCUUUUCCCAAAUACGGCCGGAUAAAAACACAUUCAUUCAUUUUUCAACCGUCAAGAAUACACUAAGUCUUCGGAGCAUGGAUCGCGGUUCUCUUUUCUGCAAUGCUUUGGUUACGGAAUAUCGAAAAGCGAUUCAAAAAGGGGAGAGUAUUGAUGUCGAGCAAAUUAGCUACAGAAUCAAUCAAGCGCUGCAAGAAACAAAGGUUGUUCGGCAAGGAUUUAGCCACGAAUGCGGCCAAGUAUCUCAAAUCAAACACCGACUUGCUAGCUCGAUUAAAAUAACCGAAGGAAAAGAUAUCGUGAUAAAGGGAACUCGUCCAGGAUCUUCCCCACGUGUGGUGAUUGUACGAGACAAAUUCGGAGCAGUGGCGGCUAAGCACUACACAGAGGUCUUCCAGAGCAUCGGCUACAUAUGCUCUGAAUUGGAUGUAAGCGAAAAGCAGUGGAGUUUUAUGGAAAUUUUGAUAAAGUUAAAAGGAGCAAAUUUAUUGAAAAAUUCAAAAUUGUCGAAAAGACAGUCUAAUUUCAAAGAUCUAUUUUGCUCAUUUUUGAAAAAGAGCUUCCUACCGAAUAUUUCACAAAUAAUUUUCAUUGUCAUCAUCACACCUGAAAACGCUCGACAUGGCUGGGUGAUCAAAGAAGGAAACAAUGGAAGUGACGAUGAAACUGCGGAGCCCUCUAAAUUUAUCAAGAAGUUUAGUUCGAUGGCGAUUGCGAUCCCGCAACUUUUUGUUAUCGAUAGCUGGAUGAUGAAGACGCCAAAAAACCAGUGCCUCCUGGACACCGACGAGAUCGAACAAACCUCAGAGUCAACGGAGCGAAUUCGUCGUCGCUGCAUCCCACGGGAUACCAACAUUUUCAUGAUCUUUUCCAACUCUCUUUCUGAUAUUAAUCUCUCGCCGUUUGCAGCGCUCUUCAAGCAAACUGUCGAUCAACUGCGAGAACUGAAAGAUGAAACGAACGGAACGAUCGACACGAUUCUCAGAAAGAUCAUUCAAAAAACACCGCCAGAUUCGCAAGUUCCUGAAAUUCAACAUCAAGGAGUUUCGAAGUUCUCUCUUUGGAAUUAA